AUGGCUUCAAACAUUCUACGACUGGUCGGCUCUGCGCCGGAUCAACAUUUUCAACUCCUAGCCCUCCCCAACGAACUGAUCAUAGAGAUUGCCCAUUCAAUCGAUGCGAAAGACCUUUAUCACCUUAUGCAAACUUGCCACCGCCUCAACACUGUCCUAGCCUUGCGUCUCCACUCUUGUUUCAUCCAGCAUAAGGAUAAGAUUCUGUUAGAUGCUUGCACACACAACACAACCACCCUUAUACGACGAGCCAUUGCAGUCGGCGCACGACCGGAGGUGAGGUUUCUCUUGAAUGCAUGCGGGCGGAACGACAUCGAGGCCGUCAUCAUACUCCUCGAUGAGGGUAAACUCGAUGUCAACAGCUGCGACUGGCGGCAAAAUGUUGUCGAUUGCUGCAGUUGGCGCUAUGAAGAUAUAUACCCACUCCAGGUAGCCGUCCGCUGCGGUCAUCCUAUAAUCGUGCAAGCUUUACUUUCCCGCGGCAUCCGGAUGAACGAUCCUGAUGCUUUACGUGGCAGCGGCGUCCGGAUCAACAGGCGUGGAGGUUACAAUUACCUCAUGGGUGCAGUUGACAGCGGCGAUCUAACGGUUCUACGGUUGUUACUGAAAUACGGUGCGACCGUACUGGCACCGAACGGGUGGGCAUACGAUGAUGCUCUCCGGCACGCAAUAUAUAACCGACGAGAUAUGUUGCUGCCUUUUAUCGAGCUUGGAUAUCAUCUAGAACAUGCCAUAUUCCAGCCCCGGACGGCGCUCUCGAUCGCGGCGCGACUCGACUGUGUCGGCACAGUUAAAUUGCUCCUGAAGAGCGGGUGUGACGCCAAUUACGUCCAAUGCCCCUGGCUUCGCACCCCACUUUCCGAGUGUUGUGCCGUGCGUGGAAGUAUCGAGACAAUGACUGCUUUACUCGAGGCAGGAGCGAAUCCCGAUGAACUGGAUAUGAACAGUCUAAGUUCUCUUCAGAUAGCGAUGUCUAGAGGGCACGUGGAGGCGGUACGGCUACUGAUUAAUUGGACUCAGCAUUCGACACACCCUAUUUGCUGGUUCCCAAAGCGGAUUAGAAACCCGUGGUACCUAGAGGGAAGAGAAGAGUGCAAGAGAAUCCUAGAUGAAGCCGGCUUUAACACGGACGAACCCUGUCUUAGGGUGAGAUGGAGGGAGUACAAGCAAAUGCUAUCGGACGAGAAGGAGGACCUGCAGAAUGCGGAGGCAGUAGAGGAGUUACAGGAGGUGCAGGAGGUGCAGGAGGUUAGUGUAGUGGAGGAGAUGGGAGUCAAUGUCGAAGAAUGA